AUCGGAAGACGCACAAUUACAUUUGCUUUGGAUGAGUGACGACGAGGACAAGACCACUCUGCAGACGAUUGCACGUGAUAUUGCGAGGGUCCACUGCUGCCUAAGCGAGGCUAACGCCAGGUGCAGCCCCACCGUCAAGCUCGGUGACCUCACCGUUUCGUCGUGGCCUCUCUCGACUGAGACUGCGGGCGCUCUCAUGGCCAAGUACCCCGAGCGUGUGCCGGCCCAGGACGUCACGAUCCACAACAGUUACCACUUUUUCCAUGGCGAUUUUUUUUGCGAAUGUGACCUGCUCGGCGAGCUGGAUCCCGCGCCAGACGACGGCAACUACUUCUCGAUGGCGUACAACACGAGGCUGGCGCAUUUUGCGAUCGACUUGACCGGCGACGCAUCCAAGUUGAAGCCGGCGACGAAGCGACGGCCUCGCCAUACCUUUGCAACUGUCAUCUACUUCUUCCCGUCCAACUGCGUCGGUGGAGCCGUCACCAUCUCAGACAACGACUGGACGACGACGUUCGAGGCCGUCGACGGGUGCUUUCUCUCGUUCUACAGCACGUGUGACGUGACGGUGGCGCCCAUCACGUCCGGACACCGGGCUUGUGCUGUGUAUCACGCUGCGUACGACUUGGAAGAAUCGGGGUGGCACAGCAAAGUGCCCAAGGCUUGGUACGCGCCGCGGCCGCUGCCGUCGGUCCAAGUCCUCCAAGACGUUGCUUGCCAAUACGAUCCGGAGGGCUACAUUGGCGUCGCGAUCUACCUUGAGUCACCCAGCUUGACGCCGACGUUUGAUUCGCUCACGGGUCGUGACAAGGCGAUCGUCGAUCGGCUGGUGGCCACGGACGUCUUUGACAUUGUAUUUGAACGGCCGACCCAAGACGACAAGAAAGUCACCGAGCCCAUUCCGCCGCUGCCCGAGACGUUCCACCCAUUGUGUGCGACACCGGCGCUCGUCCAAGAGAUCUACCACCAGUCGCCAAUCAAGGAGUUUGCAGACGUCUCCGAGGCGCACGGUAGGGUUUACUUCGGGUGGCCCAUUGAGAACGACGGGCUACAAGUGUACGGCUGCUUUCUCCUCGUUUGGCCCAAAGCGGCGCGCGUGCACAUUCUGGGCUACAACCGCUUGAUGUCGGUCUUGCGUGCCAACUUGGACGGUGAUAUGACCGACGACCUCGGCUUCGGAUCGCUCGACAGCGUCUUUACAGCUGCCUUCCGGUACUUUUACCCGCAGCCCCGGGACAAGUAUGCAUCGACUUCAAACGGCCGACAUCACGAUUGAAUUCGCUGCUCAUUUGGUGCACCUCGCGACCACCGGCGACGCCGUCGCGCACUCGAUCGCGCGUGUCUGCAUCCCGCUGUGGUGGC